GCGUGCGUUCCCGGCCUCUUGGGGGACCCGAGCGGCGAACCCCAGGCCCCUUCCCUUGCCGCGGUUGCCUCCAGCGCGGGCCGGAGGAAGGAGUCUCCAUGGAACCUGGUGGCAGAGGAUCACUUUUUGAGGACUCAGACCUUCUCCAUGCUGGAAACCCAAAAGAAAAUGAUGUGACUGCUAUGCUGCUGACCCCUGGGUCCCAAGAAUUGAUGAUCAGUGAUAUGGCCGAGGCUCUUACCCAGUGGAGGCAGCUGAACUCUCCUCAGGGAGAUGUGCCUGAGAAGCCUAGGAAUCUGGUCUUGCUGGACUGGGAAACAAUACCAGAAAGCAAGGAGCUAACUCCAGAGAAGGAUAUUUCUGAAGAAGAAUCGGCUCCUGGGGUGUUAAUGGUAAGAUUUUCGAAGGAAAGUUCUAGUGAAUGUGAGGAUUCUUUAGAGAGUCAGCAGGAAAACCAUGAGAAACAUUUAACACAAGAGGCUGUCACUCAGAAAUCUUCUAGGGAGAGAAGCUACCAAUUUGAUGAAUUUAGAAGAAAUUGCACUCAGAGGUCCUUACUUGUUCAGCAGCAAGGAGAGAGACUACAUCAUUGUGAUUCAUUUAAAAAUAACUUAAAACAAAAUUCAGAUAUAAUUAGGCAUGAGAGAAUUUGUGCAGGAAAGAAACCUUGGAAAUGCAAUGAGUGUGAGAAAGCCUUCAGUUACUACUCAGCUUUUGUCCUUCAUCAGAGAAUUCACACGGGAGAAAAACCCUAUGAAUGUAACGAAUGUGGUAAAGCUUUUAGCCAGAGCAUACACCUUACUCUGCACCAGAGAAUUCAUACUGGAGAGAAACCCUAUGAAUGUCAUGAGUGUGGGAAAGCCUUCAGUCACCGCUCAGCCCUUAUUCGGCAUCAUAUAAUUCAUACUGGAGAAAAACCCUAUGAAUGCAAUGAAUGCGGGAAGGCCUUUAAUCAGAGUUCAUACCUCACUCAACAUCAGCGAAUUCAUACUGGAGAGAAACCUUAUGAGUGUAAUGAAUGUGGGAAGGCCUUCAGCCAAAGCACAUUCCUUACCCAGCAUCAGGUCAUUCACACUGGAGAGAAACCUUAUAAGUGUAACGAAUGUGGCAAAGCCUUUAGUGAUCGGUCAGGUCUUAUUCAGCACCAGAGAACUCAUACUGGGGAGCGGCCUUAUGAGUGUAACGAAUGUGGGAAAGCCUUUGGCUACUGCUCAGCCCUGACUCAGCACCAGAGAACUCACACUGGGGAGAAACCCUAUAAAUGCAAUGAUUGUGCCAAAGCCUUCAGUGACCGCUCAGCCCUUAUUCGUCAUCAGAGAACACACACUGGAGAGAAACCUUAUAAAUGUAAAGAUUGUGGAAAAGCAUUCAGCCAGAGCUCAUCUCUUACAAAGCAUCAGAAAACUCACACUGGAGAAAAGCCCUACAACUGUAAGGAAUGUGGAAAAGCCUUCAGCCAGAGUUCGUCCCUCUCUCAACAUCAGAAAACUCAUGCUGGAGUGAAAACCAAGAAAUAUGUCCAAGCCUUUAGUGAGCAUUUAGCCUUUGGCCAACACAAGAGAAUUCAUACUGGAUAGAGACCAUGGAAAUAUGGUACAUUCAGAGCAUACUUAUUGAGCAUUUACCAUACUUGCUGUGGGAGUCUACAAAGAAAUUUAAGACUGUUGCAAAAAAGUUAUUGACAAGUCAUUGCUGUUGUGGGAUGUAGCAUGAUUAGACUGUGAAAGUAUAGUUUUACAUUUUUAAAAGUGUUCUGGCAGAGGACACUGAAUUUCCCUCAGGAAAGAGGAAAAUUAUUUGUAACACCCUAAUGUGUAUGUAAAUUACCAUAUCCUUGGGAGAGAAAUGGGGUGUGCCAUGGUGGAAACAGGACAUCUUGACUGUGCCAGGUAUUUUCAUAAUACUAAGAAUAUAAGUUUUAAAGAGAUAAGUUAUCCUUGUAGGGAAGUUGCAUGGGUAGAAAAAAGAGAUUGAGAAUUCACAAUGAGUUUGUCCAGAGUCAGGAGUGGUGGUGGAAGGGAAGUUGCCCUUCAUUCUUAAGUUUAAGGAGCCAAAGGAAGUAGAGGGAAAGGAUAGGAAAAAAGAGCUGGGGGAAUGAACUCAAGAAAUGUUGAUUAUGAGAACUACUCAACUGAAUAUUCACAACCAUGAGAAAUAUAGACUUGCUAGUUGGUCAGUUGAAAAGCUUCUGUGAGGGUAGCCUUACCCUGCAACUAAGGAAUGUUGGCUGCAGGGUAAUGCAGGGUGUUUGCUUUUGGACUUUUUGUCUUUUAGACCUUGCUUAUUGAGACAUUGCCUACUAAAUCAUGUUAAUUCCAAUGGUCAAGAACAACAGCUUAGAA